CCUCUGCCAAAAUAUGUGAAAGUCAACCCGAGCCCCGCCGCUCGGCUCAGCUCGGCGAGCGUGUUAUUUUAAAACUGGACACCCAUCAUGGCAGGGGCACCGAGCAGCUCCACUGGACUCGACGAGGAUCCACCCUGUAAUCCGUGAAAAACGACGGGAAACACGAGCGAGGGAUUCUUUGUUUUUCCAUCCCGCCCCGUCGAGCCUGUUAGAUGUCGCUCCCGGUGGUGCUGCCGGGGUCUUGCUGCCCAGUCAUCGGGGCACCUCAGCUCGCCGAGCCGCCUUACCGAAACCGACCGCGUGGCUUGUCCGCCUCUUCCCGGAUCGCCGGCGGGGGCAGCGUCGGCGGCUCCCGGCUGCUGCUGCCAGGGCGGCCGCUGCUCUCGCUGGGCUUGCUGCAGCUGCUGCUCGGCGGCUCCAUGGUGGCGCUGUGCUUCGGAGCUCUGUCCCUCAGCAACUCGCCCCCCAUACGGAACUCCUGUCCCUUCUGGGCGGGCUCCUCGGUCAUACUGUCAGGCAUUGUAGGCCUCACAACAUGGAGAAGGCCCAUGCUGUUACUGGUCAAUGUGUUUGUCCUGCUGUCUUUGGUGUGUGUGCUCCUUAACCUGGCUGGAUUCAUCCUGUGCUGCCAGGGAGCCCAGCUGGUGUCCAGUAUGACCAGCUGCCAACUGAGUGAGACUGGAGAUGUGUGUUACUGCUGCUCCCUCUCCCCCAGCUCCAAAUGUCCUGAAGAGAAGCUGCUGGAGCUCCACCCUGCUCACUCCUGUGGCACCAUGAGGGUCCUGCUCAAGAAAGUGUUGUUCGCGCUGUGCGCUCUGAAUGCUCUGACCACCGCCGUGUGCCUCAUGGCGGCCGCCCUGAGAUACCUGCAGAUCUUCACCGCAAGAACACCUUGCCUGGACGAGCACAGGGCUGCGGUCGAGGAAAGGGAGGACCCUGCUCAGGUGCCAGACCCCGACGAGUUUGUGGCCCCGGCCCCUCCCCCGUCCUACUUCUCAACUUUCUACUCGUACACGCCACGCUUGGCUCGCCGAAUCCUGGGGGACAGCGUGAUCCCUCUCCCUCAUAUCUACGGGGCUCGGAUCAAAGGGGUGGAGGUCUUUUGUCCACUAGACCCUCCGCCUCCGUACGAGGCCGUCGCUGGCAGCUCCACCGAUGCAGUCACACAGGAGACAGAAAUUGCUCUGACGGAGUUGACUACGAACCUGACUCCACCAGGAGCAUCUGUUCCAGAUGGGAGUCCGCACAUGGCAUCAGCAUCACCAGGCACCAAACCCCAGAUCCAGCUUCCCCCUACUACUCCUCCUGCUCCAUCUCCUCCUCCUCCUCCUCCUCCUCCUCCUCCUCCUCCUCCUCCUCCUCCUCCUCCUCUCUGGAGGAAGGCGAGGAUCCAGCGCUCCAACAGUGACCCAGUGUUGAUGGACCUGGCGGCUAAAGUGCUGAGCAGCAGUGACGCUCCCCCUGCUCCGUGUCCUCAGACCACAGAUUCCUCCACCCAGACCUCCCAGCCCACACUGGCCGCCUGCACCCAGGGCCAGGUCACGCUGCGACGGGGCAACAACAACAGAAACGGCGGUGGCGGCAGGACGCCCCGCCGGCCCCGGCCAUCCUCCAUGGUGGACUACCAGAGCUACCGGCACACGCAGCAGCUGGUCAGGAAGAUACUGGAGCAGCCGGCCGCCCAGGGCCUGGCCCCCGAGGUCCAAGAGCUGGUGGACAGCAUACGGAAUGUCCUUCAGUCGGACCAGGAGCACAUGGAGGAGGCUGUGCGCUGUGCCAGCUACAUAGAACAGGUGUUCACCGAUUCACAGAUGGGUCCGGGUCCACCUGAACCUCCCCAGCAGCCAACAGCCAGUCACUCCCAGACUUUUCCUCGCCCCCCGCUGAGGAGGAGGAGGAGGCCCGGCCUGCUGCACCUGCAGAGCUGCGGGGACCUCAGCUCCUUCACCUGCGAGGCCGUGGAGCAACAAGGAAACCGUAGGAGAGCAGGGUCCAGGGCGAGCUCUGCAGGGGGUUCAGGGGCGGGGUCAAGGACAGGGUCCCGCCUGGAUCACCCUGAACGCCCACACAGUCUGAUCGGAGUCUUUAGAGAGACAGUCCUUUGAGCGACAACCAAUUGUAAAAACAAAAAAAUCUAUGUGUUGGAUGGCAACACAGCUGGACGCUGCCUUAUCUGUUGAUUAACUUUGAGAGAAAGCUGUUGUAAACCAACCACUGAGUAGGAUCUGAGAGAGAGAGAGAGAGAGAGUGUGUGUGUGGUGUGUGUGUGGUGUUUGCAGAUGUGUUUGUAUGAGUGCAUUCUUUUUUUUGCUCUGCUUACACUGUUUUUUGGACAAAAAUACCUUGUAUUGAAACUUAGUACCCAGCAUUCAACAUUCAGUUUGCUUUGGGUUUUUAACAUUUUGAUAAGUUUGCAUUUGUUUCAGUCAACUCACUACAGAUAUACAUGACAACAAUUAUAUUACAUGUGUCAUGGUGUUAUUUAAUGUCCCGAUGCAUUGGCUAAUAUAUUUUCAGAUAUUGAUAUAGUAUUAAUUUUCUAUGAUAAUAAACUGAACCCUUAUCUGUU